CCAGGAUUCAUUCUAUCACAAUCUCAGUGAAGAGGAACUUGCAAGAGUUCAUGAAUACAACUUUGACCAUCCUGGUGAGAAACAUUUCUACAAUUUAGAUACAGACUUUCAAGGAAACUGGAAACAUAUAUUUAUUUUUCUUCUUCUAGCUUUUGCUUUAUGUUAGAUUGGAACUCUUAUUAUUCAUCAAAAGAAAGUUUGGAAUUUUUAUUGCUCUUAUGUCAGAUGCGUUUGACACUGAGAAGCUAUUAGAUUCAAUGGAUAAGUUGAGGCACAGCCAAGCAGUAGAUAUUCCAAAAUAUGACUUCAAGAGUUACAAAAGCAAUCUGUUUCCAGCAAGAAGGGUCAAUCCAUCAGAUGUGAUAAUUUUAGAAGGCAUACUCAUUUUUCAUGAUCCUUGUGUCCGGGAGUUGAUGAACAUGAAGAUAUUUGUUGAUUCAGAUGCUGAUGUACGAUUGGCAAGGAGGAUAAGGCGUGAUACAGGUGAGAAGGGCAGAGAUAUUGGCAUGGUACUUGAUCAGUACUCAAAAUUUGUGAAGCCUGCUUUUGAUGAUUUUAUUCUUCCAACAAAGAAGUAUGCGGAUAUCAUUAUUCCCCGUGGAGGAGAUAAUCAUGUAGCCAUUGAUUUGAUUGUGCAACACAUUCGUACAAAGCUUGGGCAGCAUGAUCUCUGUAAAAUCUACCCAAAUCUAUAUGUUAUUCACUCAACUUUUCAGAUUCGAGGUAUGCAUACCCUCGUACGUGACUCUCAAACAACAAAACAUGACUUUGUUUUCUAUUCUGAUCGGUUGAUUCGUUUGGUUGUUGAACAUGGCCUAGGACAUCUGCCAUUUACAGAAAAGCAGGUGAUCACCCCAACUGGGUCUGUAUAUACUGGCGUGGACUUUUGUAAAAGGUUGUGUGGUGUGUCUGUUAUUAGGAGUGGUGAGAGCAUGGAGAAUGCUUUGCGAGCAUGUUGCAAAGGCAUCAAGAUAGGGAAGAUUCUUAUUCACAGGGAAGGUGACAAUGGUCAGCAGCUUAUCUAUGAAAAAUUGCCUCAAGACAUCUCAGAAAGGCAUGUGUUGUUACUGGAUCCCAUACUAGGAACAGGCAAUUCAGCUGUUCAUGCUAUUAAUUUACUCAUAAGCAAAGGUGUUCCAGAGUCCAACAUCAUAUUUCUCAAUCUCAUUUCUGUAAGUCGUCGUUGCUUUAAAUUGGUUCUGGCUUUUCAUUCUCUGAAAAGCUUAUUUGCCUUUAUUCUUUCUGACAGCUACUACAGAGAUUUUACUCUUUUUUUUCUGUAAAAUCUUGUCUCUUGAUUUACUAGGCACCCCAGGGUGUGCAUGUGGUUUGCAAAAGCUUCCCAAGAAUAAAGAUAGUGACAUCUGAGAUUGAUAUUGGUCUAAAUGAAGAUUUUCGUGUUAUUCCUGGCAUGGGAGAGUUUGGAGACCGAUAUUUUGGUACGGAUGACGAUUACCAGCAAGUGGUGGCUCUGUAAUAGUUCAGUUAGAUUGCUGAUGGUUCAACCACAAGUCUUCUGAGAUAACAUAAUGCAGAUUCCAAGGAAACAGCUGAAUUUUAUUGGGUCAUGUUGGUCUUUGCAAUAUCAGUUUCUUUUUUUAAAAAAACAAUUUUGACUUGAUUACACCUAAAAUUCCCUUUUUUUUUUGAAAAUUUCAUAUUUUUUAACAGGAAACCUUGUGUUAUUCUUGGGGUGGGGAUGCUCUGUACACAUCUCCAUCUUUCAAUCAUAAACAUCAACAGAACAGCAAGCUUAACUCCCACAGAAGAAGCUUGCUGUAAUUUCUAUUUGUAUGCUUUUUAUAUAGGGGAGCAAAUGACACAAAACUGAAUAAUUGGUAUCCCCAACCUCCCCAUGAUAUCUGUAGUUGUAAAUCCUUAUAUUUUACUUAUAAAUGAUGAAAUUCCAA